UCCAACAUCCAUCCAGCUGUGUUGAAGCUUCGCCUGAUGGACGGAACCGACCGAACUCAGUCUGGAGGAGACCAGAGUAGCGAGCAGGAGCAGCCCGGUGCGCACCAGCAGAGAGGACCGGUGUGUGUUUGAGACAUAUCUAGAAGAUCUCAGAGGUUGUUCCUUCUUUUGACGCAUGCUUGUGUGCAGGAUGUGCAGCAGCAGCAUCUCCAUGGAUCUUUAAAAGCUGACAAACCGCCUGUGGAUGCAACGAAAAGUACUGGAUUGUUCCAUUUGGAGAGGAGGAAAAACGCGCAGAAACAAAUAGAUUACUCAUUUUCCUUAUUUCUCCUUGUUUUGGGGUGUUUGUCCAUCAGCUCUGUGGAGAAGGAGGGAAGCACAAAGAAGUUUGUGAGCUGCGUUAUAUCUAACCUGAGGCUGCAGAAGUAGACCCACAUCCCAAAGGUUCCCUUUUUUAUUUCUAACGGAGGAGGGGGCUGGUUAUGAAGUGUUGCUGUUGGUGUUGGUGAGGCCCCCGGAGAGGCUUUUUUGGACACCGGAGACCGGAGCCUGGGCGCACCGCGUCUGUGGAGACGGACCCAGCAGCAGCAGCACCACCUUGGAACUCUACGGCUCCUCCAGCCAGACGCACCAAAACCACCAAGACCCUCUCCUCUACCCCCUCUCUGAUCCUCUCUUCUUCUUCUUCUUCUUCUUCAUCUCUCCUUCCUACCAGCCAACCAAACAGCCGGGCUUCUUCUCUUUCUUCAGACUGCUGUGGACUUUAUAAGCCACGACAAACACUGAUCAUGCGAUGACUGAGCGCGCUUUGGGCACAUCUACCGAGUCCAUUACAGGAGGUGAAUGAUGGCCGAGGAUGGGGGACAUCUCUCCGGGAUCCCCGACGCCAGGGGCUCGGAGGGCCGCUCCUCUCUGCCGAGGACUUUCAUCCGGCUCAACGACCUGUCGGGGUCCGGGGUCGGGACGGGAGGAGGGGAGCUCGGUGAAGCGGUGGUGGAACCGGCGGCCCCGGCGGCCGACCGGAUCUCUACGACCGGGGAUGAGGUGUCGGCGAGCGGCGACGAGGACCUGCCCUUUCCCGCCAUGGCCCCGGUGGUCUUCUUCUACCUGAAACAAAGCACCCGGCCAAGGAGCUGGUGUCUCAACAUGGUCGCUAACCCGUGGUUCGAGCGAGCGUCCAUGUUGGUGAUCCUGCUGAACUGUGUGACACUGGGCAUGUUUCAUCCCUGCGAGGACAUGGUCUGCGACUCUGAGAGGUGCAAGAUCCUGAUGAAAUUCGAUGACUUCAUCUUUGCGUUCUUUGCCAUCGAGAUGGUGAUCAAGAUGGUGGCUCUGGGGAUUUUUGGCAAGAAGUGUUACCUCGGAGACACGUGGAACCGCUUGGACUUCUUCAUUGUGGUGGCUGGGAUGUUGGAGUACUCCCUCAACCUGCAGAGCGUCAGUUUUUCAGCGGUGAGGACGGUCCGCGUGCUGAGGCCUCUGAGAGCCAUCAACCGAGUGCCAAGUAUGCGUAUCCUGGUGACCCUGCUGCUGGACACCCUGCCCAUGCUGGGCAACGUGCUGCUGCUCUGCUUCUUUGUGUUCUUCAUAUUCGGCAUCGUGGGCGUCCAGCUGUGGGCCGGCUUGCUCCGAAACCGCUGCUUUCUCGGCAACUUCUCCAUCCCUCCCUCUGUGGAGCUGGAAAAAUACUUCCACACCGAAAACGAUGACGAGAACCCCUUCAUCUGCUCCAAGCCCCCGGAGAACGGCAUGAGGGACUGCGGCUCGGUGCCCAAGGUGUACGAGGAAGGCCUGCAGUGCACGCUGGGCUCGGACUCUUACAACAGCACCGACAACACCACCUGCGUCAAUUGGAACCAGUACUACACCAACUGCUCCACCGGCCAGUUCAACCCCUUCAAGGGAGCCAUCAACUUUGACAACAUCUGCUACGCCUGGAUCGCCAUCUUUCAGGUGAUCACUCUGGAGGGCUGGGUGGACAUCAUGUACUUUGUGAUGGAUGCUCACUCCUUCUACAACUUCAUCUACUUCAUCCUACUCAUCAUUAUUGGCUCAUUCUUCAUGAUCAACCUGUGCCUGGUGGUCAUCGCCACUCAGUUCUCGGAGACCAAGCAGAGGGAGAGUCAGCUGAUGAAGGAGCAGCGUGUGCGCUUCCUGUCCAACGCCAGCACCCUGGCCUCUUUCUCCGAGCCGGGCUCCUGCUACGACGAGCUGAUCAAGUACCUGGUUCAUGUCGUCAGCAAGGGGGGCAGGCAGGUGGCCCAUGUCUGCAGGUUCUUGGCCCGCCGCGCCGGGCUCAACGUGGCCGCCUCUCCCCCGGCCACGGAGCCUCAACGCAGCCAGAGGAGGCGGAGGAAGUCCUCCAGGCAGGGGUCCGUGUCGGUUCAUCACAUGGCGCACCAUCACCACCACCAUCACCACCACCACCACUACCACCUGGGUAACGGCAGCGUGAGGGGAGUAGGGAGCAGCAGGUGUCUGGAGGGUAGGGACGUGGAGGCCGGCGCUCACAACAACAACGGAGGGGCUCUUGUAGCAACCGCCGGUGCGGGGCUUCUCGCUUUAGCCCCGCCGCCUUCAAUCACAACAGCCACCUCGGAUACAAACCUGGCCAUUUUAUCCAAUCCCAAUUCAUCUUCAGCUCGCAGUUUAUUCUACGCAGAAACUCUGCGCUGCACCCCCUCGCCCACGAACCUGGGGCCGAACCCGGGCCCCUUCUCCCUCGCUCCGGCUCCCUCGUCCAGGGCCAUGAAGAGGAACUCCGUACCUUUCGCGGCCCCGGGGCCUAAGAACUACCCCACUCUGCAGGCUCGAGCCCUGGCAGAGUCCAGACGAGGGAGCUGCGCCGCCAGCACUCUGACUAACAUCAGCUUCAACUUGAACAUCCCACCCACGGCCCUGGAGAGACGACCGUCGAGCCUGGUGGAUACGCACACUCCCACAGCCCAGCUCUCCUGCCAGCUGUCGGCCCGUGACCUCAGCACCUCCAGCAGCGCCAUGGACGCGGCCGCACUGACCCUGGACCCCGAGAGUUGCCCCUACUGCGCCAAGGCCCUGGCCAACGAAUCUGAGGGCGGCAACGAGACCCCCGGGGACUCAGACAGCGAGGGCAUAUAUGAAUUCACCCAGGACCUCCACCACAGGGACAGGAGAGACAGCCGGCAGCCCAAAAAGAAGUCCUGCAGCCUGGGCAAGACGGCGGCGAAGGUGGUGCACUUCUGGAGGCUGGUGUGCGACACGUUCAGGAAGAUCGUGGACAGCAAGUACUUCGGACGAGGGAUUAUGAUCGCCAUUCUGAUCAACACUCUGAGCAUGGGGAUCGAGUACCAUGAGCAGCCCGAAGAGUUGACCAACGCGUUGGAGAUCAGUAACAUCGUGUUCACCAGCCUGUUCGCUCUGGAGAUGCUGCUGAAGAUUUUGGUCUACGGGCCCUUCGGCUACAUCAAGAACCCCUACAAUAUCUUCGAUGGCAUCAUCGUGGUGAUCAGCGUGUGGGAGAUCGUGGGUCAGCAGGACGGCGGUCUGUCGGUGCUGAGGACCUUCCGGCUGAUGCGGGUGCUGAAGCUGGUCCGCUUCAUGCCGGCCCUGCAGAGGCAGCUGGUGGUGCUGAUGAAGACCAUGGACAACGUGGCCACCUUCUGCAUGCUACUCAUGCUCUUUAUCUUCAUCUUCAGUAUCCUGGGGAUGCAUCUGUUUGGUUGCAAGUUUGGAUCUGAGAAGAAGAGCGGUGACACUCUGCCAGACAGGAAGAACUUUGACUCUCUUCUCUGGGCCAUAGUGACCGUCUUCCAGAUCCUAACCCAGGAGGACUGGAACAAGGUGUUGUACAACGGCAUGGCCUCCACCACUCCCGUAGCCGCCCUCUACUUCAUCGCGCUCAUGACUUUCGGCAACUACGUCCUCUUCAACUUGCUGGUGGCCAUCUUGGUCGAGGGUUUCCAGACCGAGGAAGUGGCCAAGCGGGACGACUUGCAUGUCCAGCUGAGCCUAAAUCAGCUGCCUAUAGACUCAGGGGGCGACGCUUCUAAAUCGGGUUCGGAGAUCGAUUCCUGCGCACGAAGUAUGGAGGACGUUAACGGCAGCAAGAAGGAUUUAUCAGCCUCUGCAGUUCCUGUAAAUGGUCACGUGGACCUGAAGACCAGCCUGACUCCGCCUCUAAUAACCCACACGGCCGCCACCCCCAUGCCCGUACCCAAGUUGCCGCCCGUAGGGGACCCCAUCCUGGGCUACGAGGCCCGUCGAGGCAGCAACGUCUCCAUAGACCCAGCCUGCUACGACAAAUCACCGACAAGUGCCCCGAGCUCUUCCCCUCUCGCCCCAUGGAGCUCCGGCAGCGGCUGGACCAGUCGCCGGUCCAGCUGGAACAGCCUGGGUCGCGCCCCGUCGCUCAAGCGCCAGAAGCGGCAGUCCGGGGAGCGACGGUCCCUCCUCUCCGGGGAGGGCGGCUCCAGCUCGGACGACGAGGAAGGCGGAGGAGAAGGAGAAGGAGAAGGAGAAGGAGGAGGAGGCGGGUUGAUGGACGAAGACGGCGCCUCUCUGGUCAGGACCGACUCCAUGUCCCAGUCGCAGCGAGGGCCCCGACACCGGAGGAUGGAGUCAGUGGAGACCCGGAGCUCCAUGGAUUUGCCCCCGGAUGCUCUGCUGCAGGUGCCCUUCCUGUACCGCUCAGCCAGUAUGCACAGCUCCAGGCCCCCCUCACUGGGCCACUUACGGCCCCCAGAGCACAGCGACUGCAAUGGGAAGGGCUCUCCGUCAGCCCUGGGCCCCACACACGUCUCUCUGGAGGACAACACCGAGGACGAAAACACAGAGGAGGAGUCCACCCUGGGUCGUUUUUCCAGACUCUUCCGCUGGCUGGAGAAGAAGCAGCCAGAGUGGUGUCGACAGAGAGACACCUGGUCACUCUACCUCUUCCCUCCAGAGUCGAGGUUUCGGAUCGUGUGCAAUAGGAUCAUCUCCCACAAGAUGUUCGACCAUAUCGUGUUGGUCAUCAUCUUCCUCAACUGCAUCACCAUCGCCAUGGAGAGGCCUCACAUCACCACUAUCGAGCGGAUCUUCCUGAAAUUGUCCAACUACAUCUUCACAGCGAUCUUCGUGGCUGAGAUGGCUAUAAAGAUCGUAGCUUUGGGCUGGUGUUUAGGGGACAAGUCCUACCUGAGGAGCAGCUGGAACAUCCUGGACGGGAUGCUGGUGAUGAUCUCCGUCAUCGACAUCCUGGUGUCUCUCUUCUCCAAUUCCGGCACCAAGAUCCUGGGCAUGCUCCGAGUGCUGAGGCUGCUGAGGACCCUGAGGCCGCUUCGUGUGAUCAGCAGAGCCCCGGGGCUGAAGCUGGUGGUGGAGACUCUGAUGUCGUCACUGAAGCCCAUCGGCAACAUCGUGGUCAUCUGCUGCGCCUUCUUCAUUAUCUUUGGCAUCCUGGGAGUACAGCUUUUCAAGGGGAAGUUCUUUGUCUGUGAAGGAGAAGAAGUAAUGAACAUCACCAACAAGUCCGACUGUCUGCUGCACUCCAACAACAAAUGGGUCAGACACAAGUACAACUUCGACAACCUGGGACAGGCCUUGAUGUCUCUGUUUGUUCUGGCGUCAAAAGACGGCUGGGUGGACAUUAUGUAUGACGGACUGGACGCGGUAGGAGUUGACCAACAGCCACAAAUGAACCACAACCCGUGGAUGCUGCUCUACUUCAUCUCCUUCCUGCUGAUCGUGGCCUUCUUCGUGCUCAACAUGUUCGUGGGCGUCGUGGUGGAGAACUUCCACAAGUGCCGGCGCCACCAGGAGGCCGAGGAGGCCAAGCGCAGGGAGGAGAAGAGACUGAAACGCAUGGAGAAAAAGAGACGGAAUUUAUUGGUUCCGGGGGUGAGUUGGGCCCUCUCUGAAGGCACAUUGAAAGAAGCUCAGAGUAAGCCCUACUACUCCGAUUACUCCCCCACUCGCCUGCUCAUCCACAAGCUGUGCACCAGCCACUACCUGGACCUGUUCAUCACCAUCAUCAUAGGGCUCAACGUCAUCACCAUGUCCAUGGAGCACGACCAGCAGUCCAAGGAGUUGGAAAAGGCAUUGAAGAUCUGCAACUACGUCUUCACCAUCAUCUUUGUUCUGGAGUCGAUCUUCAAGCUGGUGGCUUUCGGCUUCCGACGCUUCUUCAAGGACAAGUGGAACCAGCUGGAUCUGGCCAUCGUGCUGUUGUCCAUCAUGGGCAUCACUCUGGAGGAGAUCGAUGGCAACUCGCUGCCCAUCAACCCCACCAUUAUCCGCAUCAUGAGAGUGCUGAGGAUCGCACGAGUUUUGAAGCUCUUGAAGAUGGCGGUGGGGAUGAGAGCUUUGCUGGACACCGUUAUGCAAGCCCUGCCUCAGGUGGGGAAUCUGGGUCUUCUCUUCAUGCUUCUCUUCUUUAUUUUUGCAGCGCUUGGAGUGGAGCUGUUUGGUGACUUGAUCUGCGAUGAACUCCACCCAUGUGAAGGUCUGGGGCGCUACGCUACGUUCAAAAACUUUGGGAUGGCAUUUCUGCUGCUCUUCAGAGUUUCCACUGGAGACAACUGGAAUGGCAUAAUGAAGGACACAUUAAGGGACUGCGCCCAGAACAGCACCUGCUACAACACCGUGGUCUCCCCCCUCUACUUUGUCUCCUUCGUUCUGACCGCUCAGUUCGUCCUGGUCAACGUCGUCAUCGCCGUCCUGAUGAAGCACCUGGAAGAGAGCAACAAGGAAGCCAAGGAGGAGGCAGAGCUGGAGGCAGAGUUGGCGCUGGAGCGCCAGUUAGAAGGGGGAGACAUGGCGACGAGGUCGCCCCAGCUCCAACCUCUGGCGCUGGGCACAGACAGGUCGAGUUCCGGGGGUUCCCCCUGGAGGUCCACCGGAGGAGGGGACGUGGAGCAGGAAAGAGACGGUCCUAUGGACUCGCCCACUGCUGAUAUAACCAGAGACUCUGUAAACAUCAGAGAAGACCCCCCUUCAUGCCUGGAGCCGCUGGAGCUGCUGGAGCCCCCGCUGGAGUUUGUCCAGCGGAGAGCGCAGUUUGACUCGGUCUCCCUGGUCAUCCAGGGUUCAAUGGAGGGAGAGUUGAGUUUGAUGGACAACCUGUCCGCCUCUAUCUGCCACUUCUACGCGCUGCCCCCCAAGCCCAGAAAGCACAGCAGCGACAAGAAGCCAGAGCAGCUCGAUCCCGGGGAGCCACUGGAGGACAACCUGCUGAGCGUCAGGAAGCCCGCGGUGGGACGCACACACUCCCUGCCCAACGACAGCUACAUGUUCUUCCCCCUGCAGCCCUGCGGCAACGCCGCCCCGGCUCCAGCACAUCUUCUAGCACAGUCACAGGGGCCCCAGCACAUACUGGGCACCCACAGGGCCCAAUCAGGCUCCAGUAGCUCGGUGCGUUCACAACCGGAGGAGCGUUCCCAGCAGCUGGCCGUCCCCGCAGACCUCUUCAGACCCAUCAGCCCCCACAGCCACUCCGACUCGGAGAGCAUACCAAGACUACCCCCUCCCAGACGCACACACGCACUCAGCCGCACGCUCCGCAGACAGGUUGCAGUGUCUACUGAUUCUCAGGAGGCCCUGUGUUCAGACGGCGGGGAGAGCAAUGAAGGACUUGUGAAUGUGGCCUCCCUGGGCCUCCCUCCAUCCCCCUCCAUCUCUCCAUCACCCUUACCUCAUCAUCUUCAUCAGCAGCCUGCUCUAUGCCUGGUCCCCGCCACGCCAGGCACCUCCCCUAAGCCCUCGCGCCCCAGCAGCGUGCACACCCAGCUUCAUGACCAGCACUGCCUCGCCUCUUACUCCCCUUCCUCCUCCUCCUCGCCUCCUCUGCUCUUACCGGCCAGGCCGCACCAGCAGGAGGAGGCCUCAGCAGAUCGGGAAGUGUCCCUCAUCACCCAUGCGGGGUUGGCUGGCGGCGACGACGUCGUAGCGGACGACGGCGGCGGCAACGAGGGUUACGGCAGCUUUGCGGACUGCCGGAGCCUGAGGCAGCUGAAGAGGUUCCACAGUGCCGACACGCAGGGCCGCAGCGCCCCCCCGCCCCGCCCCCGCCCUUACUCCUGGCUGGACGACCCGCGAGGUCACUCCAUAGAGGCGUGCUCCUCGUCGGGGGGGUCCAGCCCCCAGCGCAGCACCGCCUCCACCUCCUCCGGCUUCGUGUCGCGGGCCGACAGCCUGCAGAUCCACAGCCAGACCCCCACUCAGACCUCGCUGCCCUCACCCCGACGCAAGAAGAAGAUGAGUCCGCCCUGCAUCUCCGUGGACCCCCCCGACGGACUGGAGCCUCAGCCGGGCCUCUACCCGAGUCUGGGUGGACUGGGAGUGGGGGGGUUGGGGAUGCCCCCUCCUCUGCCCGGCCGGGACACCUGCCUGCGGAGGAGAGCGCCCUCCAGUGACUCCAAGGACUCCUUUGACCUGGGAGUCGGAGAGGGUUCGGGACAGGACGGAGGCUCGCCAAACCCCAACACCAACCCCAAGCUACUGACUCUUCCCAGAGAAGACAAGCUCUGAGCACUGAACACUGAUACUGCAACACACACACACACACACACACACACACGCACACAGCUGGACGAACCCCUCACACAACACAAACACACGAUGCACAGCGUGUAUCUGUGAUGGUGAUAGUUCUAGUAAUAAUGCUGUAGAGAGUAAUAACGGUAAAACUACAACAAACAGUUAAAACAUCCUUUGGUUUCAUAAGGAGUGCAGUACUGUAGUAGUGUGACCAUCCCUUGUCUUUGUAUUGUUACUGCCAAAACAACCAGAGAAGAAGAAGAGAGCACAUGAAACGACAACAUCUCUCUUCUGCUACGCCUGCAUGCCACCGGCUGCAGCUCGACCCCCCCGUAACCUCUGGCGUGACAUCAGCACCUGGGACCUGGAGCCCUUCUGUGGUCGCCAUCUGAACUGCCUGGUGUUACACAGGGUGGGCUCUGCCCAGGUCAGUGGAGGUACAAAGCAAUAUGAACGUUUUAGAGACACUAUUUUCUUAAAUUAUUGGGCCAUAGUGUUUGUACAGGAUGUUGUUUUUUAAUUUCUUUCGAUUGUUAUUUUCAUGUCUUUUUUGUGGUUUCUCUCUUUUUUGUCAAAAUGGUUUGUCUUUUUUUUUUCACUGUAGGAUAUUUCUAGCUUUCUUGGUUUACUGAGGAAAGUGAACGUUUUUCAAAGUGCUGAAAACCAUGUAUUUGUAGGAAUAAUAUAUAAAUAUAUAUAUAAAAAAACAAGUCAUUAAA